AUUUCAAUUAUAAAUAUUUUCAGUUUCAGAAUAAUGCCGCGGAAGAAAUCUAACCUCAACAAUCCGUGUAGCAGAAAGGUACGACUCCAGCGCGCUCGGCGAGCUCGAGAAUCAGAAGAAGAAACUGCAGCAAGAAAUGCAGCUCAACGAAUUAGAACAGCAAAAAUUCGUAGUCAAGAAUCUCAAGAACAGCGUAAUAAACGUCUGCGACAAAAUGUAUUAAGGGCAAGAACUGCGCGACAACAGAAUAUAGCCAGAUUUAGAGAACUCGAAAGAACGAGGCAACAAACCAGUCGUGUAUUAACACGUGCAUCAUUCUUUCGCCUUGCGUUUGAGUAUGAACCAGACAUUAAUUACUCGGCACAUUCUAAAAUUACAAUUGGUGCGAUGGAUAAAAUAUGUCAAUAUUGCCACGCGUUAAAAUUUCGAAAUGAAACAACUGGAAUGUGUUGUGCAUCAGGAAAAAUUGUACUGCCACUUCUUCCUACUCCACCAGAACCUUUGAAAUCACUUCUUGCUGGCGAAUCAGACGAUUCGAAAUUAUUUUUAUGUAAGACACGUAAAUUUAAUUCUUGCUUUCAAAUGACAUCUUUUGGUGCAACUAAGAUUUGCGAUUUAACAUCUGAUGGACGUAAUUUUGAAACGACAUUCAAAAUCCAAGGCCAAGUGUAUCAUAAGAUUGGGUCACUAAUGCCGAUGCCUGAUGAGGAUUCAAAGUUUCUUCAAAUUUAUUUUAUGGGCAGUUAUGAGGAUCGUGUGACAACUAGGCUAAGUGAAUUUGUGGCUCGGUCUAGCGAAGGGGUCGUGAGUGACUUGGAGGAAUCUGCGGAUGAACCAAGGGUACCCGUAACGGAUGAUUUAGUGGAUAAUCCCAGUUUAAAACAGGACGAAGUAGGAACUUGUACUGUGCUGCCCCCCCUGUAG